CCUGCAAUCUCUCAAUAAAUAAAUAAAUAUUUUUUUUUUAAAAGAAAGAUUUACUAAUAUAUUAUUAGUAAAAAUAGCAAGUUCCACGGAGCAUGCAGAGUGUGGUCAUGUUUGUGAGUCAAGAUGUGGGCAUAAACAGAUACCUGGAAGAUACUCUCACUUUCAACAGCAAUAACUUCUGGGAGGGAGAGUGUUGGCAGCGUUUCAUAUCCUUUGUGCACUUCUGUGAAAUUUACACUUUUACAACAACUAAGGCGGUUUUCUUGAAAAAUGUGGCUCAUAAAACCUGAACAGAGGGCUGCUAUCGCUUGCUGCCUAUUGAGGCCACAGGUCACUUUACCACGACCCUUAGGGUGAAAUAUUCUGCUUUUCUCACCAAAGCUUAAGACAACACUAGUUGUUUGUUUUGUUUUCUUCUGGAUGAUAUAACACAAUGUUGGCUCCUAUGGGCUUAGGGUUAUCUAACAUUUUGGGGCUUCUAACAUAAACUUCUGCCAAUUUGUGUGGUCUAUGGUUUGUACUGGCAUAACUGAGUUUUUAGUUCAAGGUCAGGAUUUUACAUGUAUCCAUUAUUUUCCCUCUAAUUGAUAAACAUUAACUAGUAGAUUAAGAUUCACUCUUUGUUCUCUGUGCAGUUGAAUGUGUAGAAAGCAUUGUGUCCUGGAGUAGGAGUUCUUUGGAUGAGAGAGAGCAUUCGGGAAGCGUGAAAAGGAAAUGCUGGCUAAUGGAGAAGAAAUGCAAUAGCCAAAGGGAAUUAAGAGGAAAGAUGAUGUCUUAGUCAAGCUGUGAGUUAUAAGGAACUGAAACCCCUUCGCUCUAGCUCAAGGAAAGGUGGGGUAGGGUGGAAAGGGUUGCAGCUCUUAUAAAGCUACAACAGGCCAACUAUGUCGCGGUCGGCUGAAUAAUGGCCUGCAAAAGAUCUCCACGUCCCAAUCCCUGGGACCUGUGAAUCUGUUACCUUAUGUGGCAAAAGGAACUUUGCAGGUGUGAUGGAGUUCAAGGCCUUGAGAUGGGGAGAUUAUCCUUGACUAUCUGAGUGGCUCUGAUGUAAUCACAAGAGUCCUCGAAAGAGGAAAAGGAGAGGCUCAAAGUGAGAAAAAGGAGACAUGACAACAAGAGCUGAGGUUGGAGUGACAUAGCUAUGAGCCCAGGAAUGCCAAGGCAGCUUGUAGAAGCUGGAAGAGCUGAAAGAGAUUCUCUCGUGGAGCCUCCAAGAGGAACCAGCCCUAUGUCGCCUUGAUUUUAGCCCUCUUUGCUUUGGUGAGUGACAAGCUGUACCAGCGGAAAGAGCCUGUUAUCAGUUCUGUGCACACCAAGGUAAAAGGGAUAGCAGAGGUGAAAGAGGAGAUUUUGGAGAACGGGAUGAAGAAGGUGGUGUCCAGUGUCUUUGACACGGCGGAUUACACCUUCCCUUUGCAGGGAAACUCCUUCUUCGUGAUGACAAACUUCCUCAAGACAGAAGGCCAACAGCAGGGGUUAUGUCCUGAGUUUCCCACCCGCAGGACACUCUGUUCCUCUGACUUGGGCUGUAAAAAGGGACGGGUGGACCCGCAGAGCAAAGGGAUCCAGACCGGAAGGUGUGUAGAGUAUAAAGGGAAGCUGAAGACCUGUGAAGUCUCCGCCUGGUGUCCCAUCGAGGCAGCGAAAGAGCCCCUCAGGCCUGCGCUCUUGAACAUUGCCGAAAACUUCACAGUGCUCAUCAAAAAUAACAUCGACUUCCCUGGCCACAACUACACCACGAGAAACAUCUUGCCGGGUGUAAACAUCACUUGUACCUUUCACAAGACUCAGGAUCCACAGUGUCCCAUCUUCCGACUAGGAGAUAUCUUCCGAGAAGUAGGAGAUAAUUUUUCAGAUGCUGCAAUUCAGGGAGGAAUCAUGGGCAUUGAGAUCUACUGGGACUGCAACUUGGACAGCUGGUUCCAUCGCUGCCAUCCAAAAUACAGUUUCCGUCGCCUUGACGACAAGACCACCAAUGAGUCCUUGUAUCCUGGCUACAACUUCAGAUAUGCCAAGUACUAUAAGGAAAACAACGUUGAAAAACGGACUCUGAUCAAAGUCUUUGGGAUCCGAUUUGACAUCCUGGUUUUUGGCACCGGAGGGAAAUUUGACAUUAUCCAGCUGGUCGUGUACAUUGGCUCAACCCUCUCCUACUUUGGUUUGGCCACUCUGUUCAUUGACUUUCUAAUCAACACUUACUCAAGUAAAUGCUGCCGAUCCCACAUUUAUCCAUGUUUCAAGUGCUGCGAAUGGUGUGCAGUCAAUGAAUACUACUACCGGAAGAAGUGUGAGACCAUCGUGGAGCCCAAGGCGACGUUAAAAUAUGUGUCCUUUGUGGAUGAAUCCCACAUUAGACUGGUGGACCAGAGGCUACUUGGGAGAAGUCUGCAAGGUGUCAAAGGUGAAAAAGUCCCAAGACCCUCAACGGACUUCACAGACUUGUCCAGGCUGCCCAUGUCUCUCUGUGACCCACCCCCUAUACCUGGACAGCCGGAGGAGAUGCAGCUGUUAAGCGAAGUGACUCCUAGAUUCGGCGACAGCCCUGCCUGGUGCCAGUGUGGACACUGCCUCCCGUCCCAACUUCCUGAGAGCCACAGGUGCCUGGAGGAGCUGUGCUGUCGGAAAAAGGCUGGCGCCUGCAUCACCACCUCGGAGCCAUUCAGGAAGCUCGUCUUGUCCCGGCGCGUCCUGCGGUUCCUUCUGCUCUACCAGGAGCCCUUGCUGGCGCUGGACGACAACGCCAACAGCCAGCUGCGGCACUGUGCCUACAGGUGCUACACCACCUGGCGCUUCGGUUCCCAGGACCUCGCUGACUUUGCCAUCCUGCCCAGCUGCUGCCGCUGGAGGAUCCGGAGAGAGUUUCCCAAGAGUGAAGGCCAGUACAGUGGCUUCAAGAGUCCUUACUGAAGGCACGGGGCUGAGCAGUCAUGUGAACAUGACCUUUGUUUGCAACCUGAGCUUGACCUGCAAAGAUCUGUGGCCAAAUUUUCAGCCAAAGGGAAAUGUGUUUUCCUCUCCUGCAGCUCUAUGUGUGUCAGAGAGCAGACCGAACAAAUAGGCACAUAAGCCAGAACCCCUCAGCAUGGACCGAGUCAAGAAAUUCAGAUUGAUGUCUCAGUUCUGUCACUGGGAAGUUGUGUGAUCCUAGGCCUUUAACCUCUGUUCCUCGUUGCCCUAUUACCCAACCUAUCUCACAGAGAUACUGGGAGGACAAAUUGGGAGAGUGUACAUGAACUUUCUUGUUCAUGCACAAAGAGCUACAUGAAUGCAGAGCAGCUCCUUAUGAGGCCAGAGUGGGAUAAUGGACAACUACGAACAAACCCUAACAAACCGUUUGGGUGCUGGUUGGAAAAUGUGGAUGAUUAAAAGUGGCCACAAAUUCUUCGGCGCUGAUGCCUCAGAACCUGAGGGUUAUGUCUCCUCCCCUAGCAUCUGGGCAGCUCUGAUUGCUUUAUCCAGUACUACAAGUAACGCUGUGCCAGCUUUGGGGUCUUGGUCUUGAGGCUGACAGGAAGCUUCCACUUCCUGUCCCUUGACACAUCUGCUGUGAAGGAAGCUGGCCCCGGUAUAAACGUCCAUCCUGAGACCACCCUAUUGUGAGGAAGCGCAAGUGGCCACAUGGAGAAUAGAGACACCUGACCAGUCCCCAGCUUUCAGGCCUUCCAAACCCACUCACUAGACAUGGGAGAGAAGCCUUCAGGUCAUUCCACACCCUGCUCACAUAUUACUGCAAUUGCAUGAGACGCUUCCCAGGGAACCCACAGAACAAAAUUGUUGCUGUUCUUUUUGUCUUAACAUUUAUUUAUUUUGAGAGAGAGAGUGAGCAUGUGCAGGCAGAGGACAGGCAGAGAGAGAAGGAGAGAGAAUCCUAAGCCGGCUCUGCACUGUCAGCACAGAGCCUGACGGGGGCUCAGUCCAACGAGUCAUGCAUGAGAUCACGACCUGAGCUGGAAUCAAGUCAGCCGCUUCACCGACUGAGCCACCCAGGCACCCACGGAACUGUUGUCUUAAGCCACUAAAUUUGGGUUGUUUGUUACACAGCAACAGAUGACUGGGACAAAGAGCAAACCUGACUCACUGGAACAGAGGCUCAGCCUAUACCUGGACCACCACAGAAGUCCCUUAGGGGCUUAGGUGUCUGUUCAGCAAUUCUAUCGGGGCUGCAGACCAAAUCAGGUAACCCACCAGACCAGCUCUAGAAUCCAUCCGAUCUCACUGCUGAGCUACCCAAUACAUUCUAAUCCACAUCCUACUUCUAUGACUGGAAGUAGCUACUGCUGUUAAAAACUAGAGAAGGCCACGUUUAUGCCUUUAACGUUCUGUACUUUGCAGACAAUUAGAAUGGAUGAGGUUUGGAUGCUCCUUAAAAAGUAACUCACACCCAAACCUUUACCAUUUCUAUACGUCAACUGCUAAGAAUAUGAAAAUGGAGAGUCAGGAGGUUUUAGGAUCCUCCUUCAGGAUUUCCUUUUCACGGUUUUGGCACUGGAAUUGAUUAUUUCUAAACAACUAUUUUAAAGAAUAAAUAGAGACCACUAUUCAACACUGUGAGUGAUGAAGGAUCUGUGAUUUUUUAGCACAUAUUCCAAGAUUUGCCAUUUAGAUACUUUUUGAAAACCAGAUGCUUUCUACUGUAUUAAUGUAAAUCAAAUAUGAACAAGACACUUUUUUUUUUUUGACCCAGGAUUUUAUCUGGCUUUAAACUCAGGAAUAAGCUAGGCCAGACUGAACUUUCAUUUUUGCUACUGUUCAGAGGUAGUAGAUAGGACUUCUUAUAUAUAUGAGAUCUUUUUGAAAAGUGAAUGAUACAUUACUUCUUCAGAAUUUAAACUUUUAAGAGCUACAGAUCUCCAUUCUGACAACCUCUGAGCCUUUAUACUUUUUGUUUUGUUUUGUUUUUGUUUUUGUUUCUGGUGCCUUCUCCCUGGUUUCUAUCACCUCUGGAGGUCCCAAAUGGAGUCAGAAUGUGGAAUGCCAGGUAGUCACUGGAUCCACCUACUAUUCUCCUCUGCCUUCCUCACAGAUGCUUUAGGUGAGAGAGUGAUGUGUUAUGCCAACCGUGUGUGAAAUGUCUGACACUUCCUGCAAUAAUAUGCACCAUAUUUGUAACUUGUUUUUAGCCUACUGCAUGAAGUAAUGUCAUCAGCAAAGGCAUCCCAAGAAGAAUCACACUUUGUAGGGACUGUUUCCUUGGACUUACGUCCAUUAUUCUGUAUGGUAAUUGCCGGGUAGUCACUGUUUCCUGUCUGUGUUCAUGCUUUUUUGUAAACGUUGACAGAUUUCAUGUAGCAUUGGUAAUGAACUUGCAUUCCUCUCUUCAGAGGGCACAAGUCUUUGAACACUUCCUAAUUCUAGCUUGGCAAUGUACUUGUCUUAACUAGACUGUUUUGAUAAUAAAAAGUAAUGUAUAAUUUAUGAUAA